UUUAUUGCAUGUCAUAGAAUCGCAGUCGCUACGCACUGGAUGAACGAGGCAGCGUACUGAUACAGCCUACUGACGUUAUUCUCCCCGGUACAGUGCGUGAAUUUGCAGCCAAACUCGCCCCAACCCGCCAUGCAUAUUAUUCCUUCAGAAAGAGGUUUGCUUCUCACGGAACUUAUAACGUACGCAGUCCCUCGUGUCUACUCUCUAGAUACGUUCCCUAAAAUACAGUAUCUUCCUUGGGAAAUAUUAUUUACCAUACUCUUUCGGAAGAUGAGAAAUAAGCUAGGCGAGGUCGACUUUAGCGUGCCGAAAUGGAAUUGCUCAGAUCUCCAGAAAGGAAAACGCAAAAUCAUAGGGGAAAAUUCGAGGUAUAUAUAGGAGGUGUGUAAUUCUUUCUUGUUGCUGUUUCUGCAUCGAUCAUGACAGAAUGCACCUCUAGCUUUCGGCAUCGAUACCUUAUGGUUGCUCAUGUGCUGUCCAUCCCUCUUUUUCUGCUACUUCCAGUUAUAAACACAUAUAUAUGGUACACUUUGGCUUCUGGUGGCUCAUGAACCGAGGUCGAGGUCCUUCCGUUUUCGGCUGGGGUCCUAAUUCAUCUCUCUUUCAAGCUUUAUUGUAGAUUUGUACCACUCUUUGUUGCCUUCUGCGUCUACCACUGAUAGGGAAAAUAUAAAUGGGGAGGUAAAAGGUGGCAAUCUUAUUUUCAUUAUGGAGGUAGCAUUCAGUCUCUGAACCUUCUCCUGGACACUUUUCAGGAUUUCGGUUUCAUUUCCUUCUAAUCUGCCAGCAUUCAGGCCUCUCUCUCUCUCUCCCUCUCUCUCUCUCUCCCUCUCUCUCUCUCUUCCUAUUUACUAUUCCCCUUCCCAUUGUUUUCCUCUUAGGGUUUUAGUUUUACCUUCAAAAGAACUUCUCCCUCUCUCAGUGGAAAAAAAAAAACAUGGGCAGCCCUGGAAAUUGCGUUUGUUGGCACAGAUAUAGACAUAUACUCAUUUCCUUGCUCUUUGUGCUUUUGGUUUCAAGCUCGACCAAAGUGAGAUUCAUGGCUGAAGGAAGAGGCAUUCCAGAGUUAGUUAAGGCUGCUCAACAGGAAAGGAUAGAAGAGAAGAAAGUAGUAAGGAUGGCAAGAACUCAGAUAGGGUCAAGGCCACCAAGUUGCGAGAGGAGGUGCAGCAACUGUGAGCACUGCGAAGCAGUUCAGGUCCCGAUCGUCCCAAGAGUACUGCAAACACCCAGGACAAACCACUUCUCUGCUGCCGUUGCGACCCCCACAAUUGCAUACUCCAGAGAUGGGGUCUCUAACUACAAGCCUAUGUGCUGGAAGUGCAAGUGCGGGGACUUCAUCUUCAAUCCUUGAUUGAACUUUUUCACCAUUUUCAAUCUGGUAAAGAAGAUACUAGCAAGUGUAACACUCCGUCUCUUUCUCUGGUUAUCUUUUUAGAGAUUUCCUUUAACGAUCCCUAUAUAUGCACGAUGGGGAUUGGAUUGUAGAGUACAUUCGUGUGUUGCUUUUGCACAUUAAGCUGUGUGCGGCGUGCCCAUCUCCCUAAUUUCAGCAUCCACUUUCUGUACACAUUCCUUGCUUCAUUAGUGUUAAGUUAGCAGAAAGUUUAUGUUUCUGCCGUAACAUUAAGAUCGUGUAUAUAUAAGAGUUGCAUUAAAUUCUGAACUUAAAUGCUUAGAAUGAUUACAGCAAAUGUAUGAUAUAACUUGUAAGGAAAUGUAGAUUGUUUUUUCAUUUUGUAA